AUGAAAAAAGCAACGCAAUCUUCUGGGCGAAAGGACGAAUGGGUGCCCGUCAUUGGUGAAACGAUCUAUACUGCAGGUUCGAGCAAGAACGAUGCAGCAUGGGACGAUAGCGAGUUGAUCGAGCAUUGGGAUGCAGCUCUGGAACAAUACAAGCGUUAUCACAGUGAAUUAGAAGAUGGAGGUAUCGACGAGGAUCCAUUCAAUCAUUAUUCCAACAUGUCAUCAUCGGCAAGUAGAAAAGCUGCUACUGCUACUACUGCGACUACUGCGACUACUGGUAAACGACGACGGACCAACAGCCCCAAGAGACCUAAGUCUACCGCAUCCAUGCCACCACCACCACCACCAUUUUCAAUAGCAUCAGCAUCACCACAUACGUCUAUACCACCACCUCCUCUUCCUCCUUUACCCCAUGCAACAUUAUCCGCCAAUGGCUCGCCUUUUGUUUCAAAUCAACCACCUUAUCCAGGAUCAUCUCAAGAUUCAGACAUGGCUAAUCUUAUCAUGGCAUGGUAUUAUUGUGGAUAUUAUAUGGGAUAUUAUCAGGGUAGCAGACAACAAGGCUAG